UUGCGGCUGCCAGCGCAGAGCGCCGGAGGGGCCAGCCGCGGGCACAGCCGGGGCAGGGGCCAGCAAGCCAGCGAUGGCCCGCGAGCUGAGCCAGGAGGCACUGCUGGACUUCCUGUGCCAGGCUGGGGGCCGAGUGACCAACGCCGCCUUGCUGAGCCACUUCAAGAGCUUCCUCCGAGACCCCGACGCGCCCCCGAGCCAGCACCAGCGCCGCCGCGAGCUCUUCAAGGGCUUCGUCAACUCGGUCGCCGCAGUGCGCCAGGACCCCGACGGCACCAAGUUCGUGGUGCUCAAGAGGAGGUACCGAGACCUUCUGGGGGAGGAGGGGCUCCAGCGACCCCGCGAGCGGCCCGCGGCCGCCGCCCCUGCAGGGGGAGCUGCGCCCCGGGGGCAGCCGCAGCCCCAGCGGCGGCGGCGGCGCGAGAAGGAGCCGGAGGCGGAGCCAGCAGGUGCCGCAGUCCCAGCGGCGGACGCAGGUUGCAAUGGCCUCUCGGCCGGGGAGGGCGGCGGGCCGCGGGGCAGCCCUAGCUCUGGGGCGCCGGUGCCCGCGGCGAAUGCCCAGGCCGCGGUCAGAUGCGCCGCGGCGGAGACGCAAGGCCGCUGCUGCUGGGAGUGCCUCCAGAACGGCCUGGGGACGCUCCCGGACCCCGCCGCCGGCCCGAAGCCCGUGCGGACGCCGCCUCUCCCGGGCGAGCGCGGGGCUCCGGGGCAGCGGCGAGAAGGCACCUCUGCCGAGCCCGCGCCGCGCCGCUCGCCGCCCGCCACCGUCGGGGCUUCCCCGCCAGCUCUGCUGCCCAGCGCCGACGCCCCCGGAGAGCGGCGGGAGCCGCUGAGCCCCGGCUCCCCGCACCUUUCGACCUCGCAGCUGCAGCGGCAGCGCACUCGAGAGUGGGUGGCCAGACACCCACAGGCGGAUGCGGGCCCGGUGCGGGCCUGGUCGGUGCUGCCGGACGACUUCCUCCAGCUGCCGUCGGAGCCCAGCCCCGCGCCGCCGCCGCCGCCGCCGCCGCUGGAGCCCCCGCAUCGCCCGCGUUCCCUCUCGCCUGUGGUGGCCGAGGAGCGCUCGGAGUCCUGGCCCGAGAACCCUCCGAUGACUGUCUUCCGUAGCAUCCGUUGUCAGCUGUCGCUCCAAGACCUGAAUGACUUCGUGGACCAGGAAAGCCACAGCAGUGAGGAGAGCAGCAGUGGGCCCAAAGAGUCCCCGGGGGGUUCCGCAGAGGCGCUCCAGGUGGCCCCGCGCACCCGGGACUGCAGCAAGCCGGGGAGUCCAGCCCAGCGCCUUGCUGCAUUUCCCAAGGUCGCCGCAGCCCCCAAGGUCGCCGGCAGCCCCCGCCAAAGCCCUCAGGGCCUCGGGGACACUGUGGCGGGCGACUCGGCUCAGCACGUGGCUAAUGGCCUUGCACAGCACCCACAGGGGCCUUUGCCCGGGCCAGCGCCCAAGUUGAGAAGGUCCUUUCGGAGGAGCUCCCGGGCCGGGAGGCCCAAGCUCUCGUCCUCGGAUGAGGAGGACCUGGAGGAAGAGUGUCGGAAAAAGAGCCGGCGCCCACCACGGUCCCGGAAGCCGUCCAAGGCGGGAGCCGCGUCCAGCCCGAGGGUGGAUGUCGCCUUGACACUGAAUCUCACCGGCCUUCAAAGGGCUGUGGCUGAGACAGGCCGGCCCCAGGGCGCCUGGGCCCCCAAUGUGGAGAGGUCUGCGGCCUUGGUCCCUUCCAGACCCGAGCACAAGUCGUCCCUCGUGCCCCUGGACGCCAGGGAGCACGCAUGGAUUGUGAUGCUUGCCAGUGGCUCCUGGGAGCAGGUGCUGGCUUUGUUCUGGGAGGACCCUCAGCUGGCCCUGCACAAAGACUUUCUCACGGGGUACACUGCCCUGCACUGGAUAGCCAAGCACGGUGCCCUGCCGGCCCUUCGCGGCUUGGUUGCCGCAGCACAGAAGGCAGGAGUUGCUCUUGAUGUAAACGUGAGGUCGGGCUGUGGGUACACCCCGCUGCACCUCGCCGCCAUCCAUGGCCACCAGGGCGUCAUCAAGCUGCUGGUGCAGAGGCUGGCGUCCCGGGUGAACAUCCGGGACAGCAGCGGGAAGAAGCCCUGGCAGUAUCUGACCAGUAAUACCUCUGGGGAAAUCUGGCAGCUCCUGGGAGCCCCCCGGGGCAAGCCCAUUUUCCCCGUCUAUCCCUUAGUUCGAAGCUCUUCCCCUACCAGGAAGGCCAAGAGCCGGGCGGGCUCUCGGAAUGUCUCCCGCAAGACGUCUUUGGCUGCCCUCCUUAAAAGUCAGCACCACAAGUGGAAGUUGGCCAACCAGUACGAGAAAUUCUCUGCUCCAAGGGAAAGAGAAGAGCACAGUGACUGAGGCUGGCCCCUCCUGCGCCCUGCAGCCGCCACACCCUCUUCCUUGAGCCACUCGGAGCAUAGAGUGGGGGGAGUGCUGGUGACAGAGGGCCCCGAGCUGGCCCACCUUGCAUCUACUUCCCCGGAUUCUAGGUUAAGUUAGCACAGCCUGGACCUCAGGGGUCAUCCAGGCUGUUCCAAGGCACAAGUCUUUGGGCUGCUCAAACCCACACAAAGGGCAGAGAGCCAGCCAGGUGCUGGACACCCGACAGGUGGUCUUCCCGUUUCCUUGGCACCAAGGAUGUGGGCACACGAAGCCAGCUUGUCCCGUGCAGCAGCAACCUCAGGCCUUGGCUGGAGAGAGCACAGAUGUCCAAUAACAAGAGAGGCAAUUGGAGGAACUGACAGAGCUCAGACAAAGCCUUCUCUGGCUAGCAGCUUCCUGGCUCCCAUUCACUUGGCUGAGACUAAAAGCACCAGGUUGGAAAUCAGAUGGCUUCUCCCCUCCCCCACUCCCACUUUUUUUUUUUUUUUUUUG